GUAAACGACGACAAUAGUCAACCAUGCCGCGGUUGUUUCGGAGACACACUACGAAUAUUCUAGCGACUGUAUUAUAAUUUCAACACUUCAGCAUCAACAWAAAGCAAACACGCAUUUACCCCUCGAUAUAAUUCAACAGUGAUCUGUGACCCCAACGAACUUCCGCCAUGACAACAACUCGUGGACUUCCCGGAUUUCUGCGCCGAUCGCUGAGACGAGACGAUUUUUACACCACCAGCGAAGACGACGACACGGACGACGACGAUGGUUAUGACGGCGAGAAUUCGAUCGAAGACACGACAAAYAAUUCUGGGAGCCAGAACAGCAGUGUCGCCGAAUCGACUGGUAGAAGUGGCAGCAGCAAAAGAGAAGCCAAUAACACCAACAAACACCGAAUGGGAUCCGUAGCACGGACAAAAGGACCGCCUGCCGCAAACCGCUCAUCAUUGUUGUCUUCGACGUCAUCGRUUUUGGAUCCAUCUCCCCUGGCGGAUGUCUCUGCACGGGAAGACAAUAAUGCCGGAUGGACCAACAGCAACGACGCCACAAGCAAUGGCAACAACAACUACAGCAACAAUAGCAUUACACACGAGUAUUAUGACGACGAAGACGGCCAAAACUCUGUGAGCACAAUGGGAGAAUCGGUUUCGGGCAUCCGGCGUGCCUCGUCGUUUGCGGCGAAUUCUUCCAGCGAAGGYGGUAGUCUCUUCAGAGGGACAAGCAGCAAGCGUUCUGCCUCAAAAUCCUACCGGGAACUCCAAUUCGAGAAAAUUCUGGGCACCGCUCCAAAUGGUGAAACCAGCACCAACACCAACAGCAACCACAACCACAACCACGUCGUCAAGAUGAGCGAGCUCAAGCAACUGGCCUGGAACGGCAUCCCCCCGCAGUACCGGGCCAUGAGCUGGAAGAUCAUGCUCGGGUACCUGCCCACGAAUGCGAUGCGGCGCCAGCAAACCCUGGAACGGAAACGUGCCGAAUACAAGGACGCAAUACAACAACACUACUACAUCRACGAUAACUCCCGAACGAUACAGGAGCAGGAAACCCUGCGGCAGGUCCUGGUGGAUGUCCCGCGGACGGCGCCGGACAUACAGCUMUUUCGGAACGAGAAGGUCAAGCGGGCCCUCUCGCGACUGCUAUACAUCUGGGCCAUGCGGCACCCGGCUUCCUCCUACGUCCAGGGCAUCAACGACCUGGCGACGCCCCUGUUURCCGUCUUUCUGGCCGAGGAGUACGACGGCGAGGACAUCCUGGACGGGAGCAUUAUGAUGGUGUUGGAGGACGAACGAAUCGAUGAGGUGGGUCGGUGUCUCGUGUCUCGUGCCUCAUUGUGUCGUGUUUCGUAUGUCUCUGUGUGUGAAUCUAUUCCACUCCAUUCCAUGSUAUUCUAUGCUAUGCCGUAUUGUAUUGUACUAUGCUGUGUGUGACCCGUUUGGAAAUCUARUUUGAGCCCUGCAUCAACCGAUUCAUUCCGUGUUUGUAAUCAGUUCAUCUACGUUACAAAUGAUAUUACUUGACUCACUCACUCAUCUUUCCUUCAUGCAGGUCGAGGCCGAUGUCUACUGGUGUUUGACCAACAUCUUGGCAGGCAUUCAAGACCAUUACACGGCAGAUCAACCCGGAGUCCAACGRAUGGUAAUGCGGCUGGAGGAACUGGUCAAUCGAAUCGACGGAGAUCUGUACAAGUACAUCCAUUCGGUGGGCAUACAAUUCAUGCAAUUUGCCUUCAAAUGGAUGAACUGCUUGCUCCUUCGAGAAUUCAACCUCAAAUGCGUCAUUCGAUUGUGGGACACCUACAUAAGCGAGGAGAACGGAAACGGCUUCGAGGAUUUUCACGUUUACGUCUGUGCCGCCUUUUUGUCGCAAUUCAGCGGCCAGCUCCAACAGAUGGACUUUGACGAGCUCUUCCAGUUCAUGCAACAGGUUCCGACAGAGGAUUGGGGAGAAACCGAAAUCGAGAUGCUCCUGAGCCACGCCUAUGUCCUGAGCACCCUCUUCGAGGGAAGCGAUGCCCACCUGACUAGCAACCACAGCAGCAUCAACGCGGGCGGGCUUCCGGGACCAUAGCGGCGUGUCCAUGGCAUGUCUCUCGGCCUUCAUGUUACUCAAAGGUCGCAGUGCUUUUUCUUUUUAUCGAGAGACGAAAGAAAUUCUCCACUAUCCACCCACGCUUAUUUCAAUAGAAUAUAGUAGCAAUUGUGAAGGAAUUGACAGCACGGAAAUGGAAUAAUCACAAACUUUAAGU